ACCAAUCACCAAGGACUUAUUAAAUAAUGACGUUAUUGUUUCUCAGGCAACUGGGAAGGUUAUCCCCAGAGGCGGACCAAUGAUCAGUCACGUAAGACGCAGCGGAACCAAUCGCACUUUUUUUUUUUAAAUAUCCGCCCGCCCUAUUUCUGUACCAGAAGGAAGUGCGGCACCUUAGUGAUCUCGAGUUGAAGCUGUGCGUUGCUCACGUGACCGAGAUCUCACAUGACGUAGGAGCUCACGUGAUCUAUCGCUUACGUGAGCAGAAGUAGUUCUGGUCGUCGUCUACCGUCUCGCUAUAGCCGUUUGAGGGAAGAAGGAGGAAAAUUACUCGAUAUCAUUAGAGCCACACUGAAAUUGCACUGAGCCUAGCUUGCCACCGAGAUCCCAACAGUCACCAUGAUGCUGAGCACAGAAGGCAGGGAGGGGUUCGUGGUGAAGGUCAGGGGCCUACCCUGGUCCUGCUCAGCCGAUGAGGUGAUGCGCUUCUUCUCUGAUUGCAAAAUCCAAAAUGGCACAUCAGGUAUCCGUUUUAUCUACACCAGAGAAGGCAGACCAAGCGGUGAAGCAUUUGUCGAACUUGAAUCCGAAGAUGAAGUGAAACUGGCUUUGAAGAAGGACAGAGAAACCAUGGGACACAGAUACGUGGAAGUAUUCAAGUCCAACAGCGUUGAAAUGGAUUGGGUGUUGAAGCAUACAGGUCCGAAUAGCCCUGAUACUGCCAAUGAUGGCUUCGUCCGGCUUAGAGGACUCCCAUUUGGCUGUAGCAAGGAAGAAAUUGUUCAGUUCUUUUCAGGGUUGGAAAUUGUGCCAAAUGGGAUGACACUGCCGGUGGACUUUCAGGGGCGGAGCACAGGGGAGGCCUUUGUGCAGUUUGCUUCGCAGGAGAUAGCUGAAAAGGCCUUAAAGAAACACAAGGAAAGAAUAGGGCACAGGUACAUUGAAAUCUUCAAGAGUAGCCGAGCUGAAGUCCGAACCCACUAUGAUCCUCCUCGAAAGCUCAUGGCUAUGCAGCGGCCAGGUCCCUAUGAUAGGCCAGGGGCCGGCAGAGGGUAUAAUAGCAUUGGCAGAGGAGCUGGGUUUGAAAGGAUGAGGCGGGGUGCCUAUGGUGGAGGGUAUGGAGGGUAUGAUGACUAUGGUGGAUAUAAUGAUGGGUAUGGCUUUGGGUCUGAUAGAUUUGGAAGAGACCUCAAUUACUGUUUUUCAGGAAUGUCUGAUCAUAGAUAUGGAGAUGGUGGGUCCAGUUUCCAGAGCACCACAGGGCACUGUGUACACAUGAGGGGGUUACCUUACAGAGCCACUGAGAAUGAUAUUUACAAUUUUUUCUCCCCUCUUAACCCUAUGAGAGUACACAUUGAAAUUGGACCUGAUGGCAGAGUUACUGGUGAGGCAGAUGUUGAAUUUGCUACUCAUGAAGAUGCUGUGGCAGCUAUGGCAAAAGACAAAGCUAAUAUGCAACACAGAUAUGUGGAGCUCUUCUUGAAUUCUACUGCAGGAACAAGUGGGGGGGCGUAUGAUCACAGCUAUGUAGAACUCUUUUUGAAUUCUACAGCAGGGGCAAGUGGUGGUGCUUAUGGGAGCCAGAUGAUGGGAGGCAUGGGCUUAUCCAACCAGUCUAGUUACGGAGGGCCUGCUAGCCAGCAGCUGAGUGGUGGUUAUGGAGGUGGCUAUGGUGGUCAGAGCAGUAUGAGUGGAUAUGACCAAGUUCUGCAGGAAAACUCCAGCGACUAUCAGUCUAAUCUCGCUUAGGUAGAGAAGGAGCACUGAACAGCUCUUACGGAAAUAAAAGCUGUGCAUUUAUGGGAGUUGACUAGAAUGGGAGGAGGGAUGUCUAGCAUAUCCAGUAUGGUUGGUAAAUGGGAAAUAUAAUUGAUUCUGAUCACUCUCGGUCAACUUCUUCCUUUCUUUUUCCUUCCUUCCUUCCUUCCUUUUUUAAGAAAAUAAGAAAUUAAGUUUAACAGUUUUGCAUUACAGGCUUGUGAUUCAUGCUUACUGUAAUUGGAAUUCGGGAUUGUUUUAAAACUUCAAGCUCAGUAAUUUUGAACACUGAAACAUUCAUCUAGGAUGUAAUAACAAAUUUCAGUAUUGACCAUAACUGUUAAACAAUUUUCAGCUUUCCUAAAGUUAGUUACGUUGUAGGAGUGUAUCUAAGCAGUAAGCGUAUUUAGGUUAAAGCAGUUUCACUUAUGUUAAAUGUUGCUCUUAUACCACAAUACAUUGAAAACUUUGGAUGCAUGUUGAGAAACAUGCUUUUCUGUAAAAUUCAAAUAUAGGAGCUGUGUCUACGAUUCAAAGUGAAAACAUUUGGCAUGUUUGUUAAUUCUAGCUUUUUGGUUUAAUAUCCUGUAAGGCACGUGAGUGUACACUUUUUUUUUUUUUUUUUUUUAAGGAUCUGGGAAAAUUUCGAGAUGUAAUACCAAUACUUUAGGAGUUUGGUCGUGUUGUUUGUAUGGCAUUCUAAGGCUUUGAUUUAAAUCUUUCCUUGUAUUGUGAUUUCCAUUUAGAUGUAUUGUACUAAGUGAAACUUGUUAAAUAAAUCUUCCUUUUAAAAACUGGAAAAUAAUUUUGUAUAGUCUGAUUAUUAUUAUGUUCUACCAUAUGGGCACCAUGUAAUACACUUUACAAUCCCCUGCUAUUGAAAUUUAAAUUGUUUUAAAUUUUUUAAUUAUAAAAAAUACAUGAGCAACCUUAUAUAUAAUACAUCUUUGCACAUAUUAUUUUAAAGAUUUGCAAAAAGUGGAAUUGCUGAAAUGAAGGUAUAUAUGUUUUUGAGGCUUUUGAUUUGUAUUACCAGACAGUGGUACUUUGUGUUUUCACCAAGAGUGUGUGUUUUACUUUUUACUUUCCUCCCCAUACCCUCCUCUGCGAUACACGUUAUUCUCUUUGAUCUUUGCCAGUUUGUUAGUUGAAAAACAGUAUCCCAUUGCUAUUUUAAUUUGAUUAAUACUGAGGUUGAUUAUUUUUGUUUCUAAACAUCACCCUGACUGCAGACUGACUGUGUUACUCUGUAGACUUUGCAGUAUAUCAGGACAGCAUUCUUGAAGCUCCAAAGAAGUAAAAGCGAUUUCUUUGCCUUUCAUUUAACCACAAACUAGAUCCAAGGUACCAGUAGGUUUUAUAAAAUAAGUGGGCUUGUGUUAUUAUUGAAAUUGUUCAGUCUCUUUCAUGAAUUUAUUAAUAGAGCCUACAAACACCCUUUACUUUUAGGUUUUUCAGGGCAUCUAAAGCUUGUUUUAAGCCAGUGGGUCUCAAACUUGAGCAUGCAUCAGGAUCACAUGCAGGGCUUGGAAAAACAUUGAUUGCUGGGCCCCAUUCCUAGAGUUUCUGAUUCAGUAGUUCUGGGGUGGGGCCUGAGAAUUUGCUAAUACUGCUGCUCUUAUGACCAGGCUUUGAGAGCCAUCAGAGCGCUGCAGUGGCUUAAAAAAAAAAAAAAGGCCACUAUAAACCCACUCUUUCCCCAAAACUGCAUCUUUGAGGAGCUGCUUCUUUAAUGAUCCCUGAUUGCUUCCCCUUUGUUCCCCUAACACAUAGUUUAAACUUACUAAAGUACAAGUAACACAUGAUUAUUUACAACAUCUUGCACCUGCUGUGAGGACUCUGAACCCCUGUGGCAUCAGGGGUUAUCUCACAUUUUUGUCCUGAUCACAGUGCCUUUAACAAUUCACCACUCAAUGGCCUGCAGGUCUGUAUGUCCUCAAGCCAGUGGUACCAGCUGUACUAGAAUUUCUACAGACCUCAUAAAUCUGACCAGCCUGGAAUUGAACUGUUAACUUUGGGUUGUUUAGGCCUUUGAACCUGGCGAAAUGCCCUAAGACAUGAGUGAGAUACCAAAUUGGUAUUACCUUGACUCCAUUUCAUUCAGGUACUCUCUUCAUUGAGAACCAUUCUCAGAAAAUGCAGUGGGAGGUGAUUUAAGAUUCUUUGAUGACUUCUGUUUUCUAUCAUAGAUGUCAAAAGACUAAGAAAUCCAUUUUGACUCCUAUUCCCUACUAAGUCAGUCAUUACCUUGCCCUCUUAAGCCUUUCAAGAAGCUUCUCUUAGAGGAUUCAGGAGUAGGUGUUUUGCUUCCCAGGCUGCUCAAUUCAUUUUCCAGAAUGUUCUCUAGGUACGACUGAAGAUUCUCCAGUUAGCCACUAGAUGUCAUCACAUCCCAGGAAAGGACACGCUGAACCCUGAGACACUUGUUUCCUCUUUGCUGCAUGAGAAAACUUACAAGGACUUAGGGAAGCAGUCAAAAGAGACCCUAGAGAAGGUCAGUGGACAGACUAGGGGUGUGCAAAGGGAGAGCAGUACCUGCCACGGCAGCAGCACAGAUGUUUGUGCGUGUGCAUGUGUGCACACACCCACACACCCCACCAGUGAUCUCUCUCCUCAAAUUUAACUCCACCCAGAAGAGCUGCUGGGCAGUAAAGUGGGCAACCCACCCACACCCCCCCCAACCACAAGUCCGGGUUCAUUUUAGACUGUGGACGUGAGCUACCUGGCAGGAUCAGGCGGAAAGUUCGUAGUCAUGAUAAUCUUGGCCUUACGGGGUCCCUACUGAUGCCUUGUGCCAGUGGUUCUCAGAGUGUGGUCCCUGGUCCAGCAGCAUCGGUAUCACCUGGGGCCUUGUCAGAGAUGGACAUUCUCAGGUCCUACCCCAGACCCACUGAAUCAGACACUCUGGGGAGGGGCCCAGCAACCUGUGCUCUAACAGGACCUCCAGGUGAUUCUGGAGUGUUUGAGAAACACUGGCUUAUGCGUG